GCCGAGAAUCUAUCAUUUUGUCGGGGCUAUACAGAGAAGGGACGGUCCUGCGUGUCAACAAACCGAAAACAAAGGCGCAGAGACCGCGUCAAUCGUAAUAUUUAUCUUCACGACGGGACAUUCUGUUUCACUGUGAGAUACAAGUACGUCAUGCCUUCGAAAAGGCGAUACCUCGCCUACUUAGAGCCAGGGACGUCUUCAGCGAAGGUACCUCGGCAAACCGUAUGGAGUCAACGACAGAAAGAAGUGUCGGCAGCGGUCGAAGCCUCGCGAAUACAACUCUGUGAAGAUGCUGGGGCGAAUGAAGAAGCUACUCCUCGUGUUGCAGACCAUGAAGAACAUGAACACCUUCAACCUGAGUACCCUGCAUCUGAAAAUAGCCUUCUUGACAAUGAAGAAAGCAUUAGCUCACUCCACGAUGGGACGCCACAAGAAGACAGCACCACCGAAUGUGCAGAGCUUCCUGAUCCUGAUGCUGAUCUUGCAGAAUUCAUCAGAGUGAACUCUGAAAUAAUACUGCCCAACCAAGCUACCACUCGUCUGCAGGCGAUGCUGCUUGUCCUUGCAUUUAUUGUGGCUGCAGGCAUCCCAUGGACACAGGUCGAUGGACUUUUGCGACUUCUAAAUGCGAUCUUGGGGCAAGAGGUUUUCCCUUCCAAGUAUGGAUUGCGGAAACUGUGGAAUCUACAGCGAUCAAAGGUUCUGGAAGUCCAUGGCUACUGCCCUACAUGUCAGCUGCUUACUAGAGACUGUGGACUUGGAUUUCAACGUUGCGACAUUUGUGAAAAUGUAGUGACCCCUGCAGAACAGGUGAAAAAAGGAAGUUUUUUCAUCACACUGGACUUGGAACUACAACUGCUGAAGCUGUUAAAGGCCACGGGUGAACUAGUAGGCAAGAAUUUAAAGGACAUUGCGACAGUCCCUCAUGAAGGAGCAUACAGAGACAUUACCGAUGGCUUGCUGUACAGAAAAGUUCGAAGUGAAAAUAACAUGUCAUGGUGCGACCUGACAUUGACCAUGAACACCGAUGGAUCUCCUGUGUUCAAAUCAAGCAAGGGAUCUGUUUGGCCAAUACAGGUGUCACUAAAUGAACUGCCCGUUCCAUACCGAUGGAAGAACAUCUUGGUUGCAGCCGUUUGGUUUGCUAAGGAGCACCCGCCUGCGCACCUGUACCUAAAAACAUUUGUUGAGAAAUUUAACACGGUUGGAAAGCUGGCAUGGUCCUUUUCUGGCCAAACUGUGCAGUCUGCAGUUAGGAUAGUGUCCUGCUGUGUUGAUUCACCUGCACGUGCUGCCCUUUUGAACGCAAAACAGUUCAAUGGAUACUAUGGGUGCUCCUGGUGUCUUCAGAAAGGCACACUUGUUGAUGGAACAGUGAAGUACAUAUUUGAAGGCCACGACAUGAUCGAGAGGACUUCUGACAUGGUUGUGAGUGCAAUGACUGCCGCAGCUGUAAGGGGUUACCCUGUGGAUGGCAUCAAGGGUCCAUCAGCUGUAGCCAAAUUAUGUGCCUUAGACUUGGUGUGGGGAUUUCCCCCAGAUUACCUACACUGUGUUCUCGAGGGUGUGGCUUCCCAGCUAACAGAGCUCUGGUUAUGUUCCACUGGAAGUGUGUGGUAUAUUGGGAACCGGAUCAAGGAGCUCAACCGGCGCAUUGUGACGAUUCAGCCGCCAAUCUUUUUCACAAGGACUCCUCGGCCCCUAACAGAGAGGGCAUUUUGGAAAGCGACAGAAUGGAAAUUUUGGCUUCUCUACUAUGGUGUGCCCUGCCUACAAGGGAUUCUGCCGCACAAAUACCUAACUCAUUUUACCUUGCUCUCACACAGCGUGUUCCUGCUGCUGAAAACAACAGUCAUGGAGUGUGACAUUGUACUUGCGGGCAAAUUGCUAAUGCAGUUUGUUCAGGAAAUGCCUGUUCUGUACGGCAAGGGCAGUUUUACAUUUAAUGUUCACCAGCUUGUUCAUCUGGCAAAAUCUGUGCAGAUGACCGGACCAUUGUGGGCAACGUCAACCUUUCCUUUCGAGGGUGGAAAUGGCGACAUCUUAAAGCUUGUCACUGCAGCAAAAGGUGUGCCACAGCAGAUAGCAGAGAGGUGCAUCAUGCAAGGAGUGCUGAAGUCACUGACACGCAUUGUGGAUUUGUCACCCUUUCUAAAACACCAGCUUCAGCUAAUCUCUGGGAGGAAAACCAAGAACCAUCAGUCAGGCGUGUUAGGAACCCCGCUACCUGUAUCUAAUUUGGAAACAUGCAUCCGAGACUUGGUUGUAAAUACAGUAGGACACGUGGAGUCAAUAAGUGAAUACCUCAGGGCCACGAUCAAGGGGGUCGUCAUCCAUAGUGCCAAAUAUCGGAGGACAGAAAAGUCGUGCACCGAAUACAUCGAAGCCAGUGAUGGCAGACUGUGCAGGAUCAUGUGCAUUCUUGUGGCAGAGGACACUAUUCUCCUUGUGUGCCAGGAAUUAAUUCUUGUGGAGUGUAUAUUGCCUUUCCUUUACGAUGUUGACCAUCCACCUGCGAAUGUUGCCCUGUGCUUGCUUCAUGAUGUUGAUGUUCUUUCUCCAUGUGUGUAUGUGUCUGUGCACGGCAAGUCAUACGUUGCAAAAAUUCCUAAUCUUUACGAAAGGGAUUAGUAUAUGUGAAGGUAGGUAGUUAUUUGCACAUAAAAUCUCAUCUCCAUAAGCAGCACCUCAGAUAUAAUUCUAUGCGAAAUUCUGAAGAGUAGCAAGAUUGUUAACCAUGUUAGUCACAAAAUGACACUUUGGGUGAUCACCAAUACCAGUAAUUCUAGCUGAUGGCACUGAAUGAGAGUUAUUUUCUCGAUUUAUUUGAUAACAGGCCAUACUAAAUGUCCAAAUAAUUGCUCUACAAUUGCUGUUCUGUUUGCUUUGGUAGUCUAUAUAUUCAUUGUUCUUUCUCAUAUUAAGGUUGUUUACCUGUCCAGUGAGUUCCCCAUAAUUAUCUUGUACGUACAAGGUUAAAUUACAAGUUAUUUACAAGGUUAAAAACUGGUUAGUGAGACAAACAAUAUGCCAGCAUUUUGUACCAUCUCCUGCUACCUAGUUGAGCCUGCUCCUUGCAUGAUGCAUAUACAUGUAUUGUGUUAUUUUUCAUAUUAAACUUGUUUACUUGUCCAA